GAGAGAGAGAGAGAGAGAGAGAGAGAGAGAGAGAGAGAGAGAGAGAGAGAUUUACAGCAUGGAUGCUUGGCCGCCUGGCUAAUGACUCUUUUACCAUUCAGCAGGCACAAGCUAGUUUUGGUUCUGCUUUUUGCCACAAUCUUUUAUAGUCUCUCAUGUCUGGAGAUGUUGACAUUUGUAGUCAUUCAUGUAUGAACAAAUAUGUGAAGUUACAGUAUAUGUACAUAUAUAUUGGUAUAUGUUCUUUACUGUGUUUGUUCAGUUUAAAAGGCACUUUUCUAACAAGUUGAUAAAGUUGGCCUAUGACUGGCCUGUAUUAUUCUGUUUCGCUUUUCUCCAUAUUCAUCAAUUAUUUUAAAGAGGAACAAGUAUCUGCAGAUAUAUUUACAGUAGAUAUCUGUGAUAUCAAACAAACAUUUCUACCCAGCUGCCUGUGUUCUGACUGCAUGUGUGUCAGUGAGGAGAGCAGAACCGGUGUCCAAAUCUCUGUGGAGUGUUUUGUGGUGUGUUCCGGGAGCUUCCUAACUUCCUGUUGUCUGUUGUCUCAGGGGGACGCUCACGCUCGCCUGGACCAUGAGCAAUGAGUCUACCGUCUGGAUCAACCUCACCGAGAACUCCACCGGGGUCCCAUUUGAGCCUGGUAAACAACAGGGUGGUUAUGUCCUACUGCUGGUGCUCCUGUCCAUCUUCCUGGGGGGAACACUGGUCCUGCUGUCUGUCCUGCUGAUCGUCUGCAGACGUUGCUGUGAUGGAGACUGCCGCCAUGCCAGGGCCAGCGAUGACCCUGAGAAAACCAACACCAGCUACAUGGAGGAGUCUCAGCCAGUACAUGGACAGAUCACCAUCCGUGUAGACGAGUCAGACUGCCUAUCGGCCGCCAGCUCCCACGUUGACAUGGAGACAGAGCGCUUCCUGUCCACAGGCACCCAGGGUGGCCGCCGCGUCUCUUUCAAUGAGGUGGCACUCUUCGACCACGGCAAGAAGGCCCAGGAGAAAGGCCGUAGGUCAGGCAGAUUCCUCCGCCAGACACCCACUCACUCCCCCGCAGUAGACUUCUCUGAAUACGCUCAUAUUCUACAAUAUAAUACAACGACGGCCUUAGCAACAAGCUGUUUGUGUGUUUAAAACCUGUGAAAAGAUUGGCUCUUACUUUGUUACAUUAGAAGACAUUAUGGAGACACUUUGUAAGAGCCAUCUGUGUAAUACAUUAUAAAGGCUGUUGGAAGAGCUGUUAUGAUGCUUUAUUAUAGGGUAAUAAUAGGGACUGAUGCUCUGAAGAUGCAUCAUACACACAUUAUUCAUAGAAAGGAUUUCCAAAAUGCAGACAUACUCGCAUAACAUAAUUGUGCAGUGUAGCCUACUUUCAUAAUGUAUUAUGUAUGGUAUGGUAACAAAGCUCUGUAUGAUCCAAUGACUGAAUAUAUGAAUGGACAAAGCCAUCGAUCACAUGACACCAUUCAUUCCUAUGUGAAGCCUCAAUAGUGCAUUGAAACCAAAUGUCGGUUAUGAUGGCUUCUCAGGGAGACAUGAAAUCAGAGAGGAAGAGGUGAAGCGAGAGGUUUUACUCAGCCCAAAAUCUGUCCAUGAAAAUAAGCCCACGAAGUUUGGAUUUUUUUUAUGGAGGUCAAUAAGUGAGUGUCGAAUUUGGUCAACAAAAAAUGUAAUUGCUAAUUUGCUACGUGAGGCUUGUAGAAGUUUCGGAAUAGUUAGGUUGUCAAGAAUGCAACUUUGAAAAAAAACUACUUUUAAUAUUGGAGUUGUGCCUGUAGCAUGGACAUUGCCAUUGAGGGCUUCCACCAUUUUAAAGUAGGCAACUGCGUGGGGAUUCCUAUGACUUGGGAGCAAUCAGCCAAUGAAAAAUAAGAAGGCCUAAAUGGCACUGUCACAGAUGCUAUAAUGGUACAGUUACAAAGAUGACUCCGAUAUCUAUCUCUAUGGCCUGCUGUUCAUACGCAUAUCUACCCUCUCAUUGGUUAGAAUGGUCCCACCUGAUCUUGCCUACUCCUGCUUGCCUUCCAUCUUUGAGGACAUGUAUUUCCAUUCUUAGAGCGGUCACUUGACUAUCUUGUCAAUAUAAUAGACAAUCUUUGAUACCGUGCAGUUUUAGCUACACCAGGAAGUGAUGUUGCAGGCUAGCACAGUGCUACCCCCUUUAAUGAGUAAAUCAAGUUGAAGGGCGACCGGAGUA